AUGGCUUCUGCUUCUAGCGAGCAGAACUUCUCCACAGGUGCUUUGGAAACGGAGCAACUGAAAAUGGACCACAGAGUGACCGCGCAGUCGCCCCCCUCCGACAAUGAUAGCGGCGAACGCCCCGUGCGACAGCAGCUCAAGGAGACUAACCUCGAUGCUGUUGGUGGAAACAACGAUUCUGCACGUGCAAACCGAAAGCGCUACCUCGACAACACAGAUGGUGCAAACGACACACCCCCAGCCAAGCGAUCCCGAGAGUGUACUCCGAACACCGCUGACAGUGAAGACAACUCCAAUCACGCCGAAUUACCCAAGGAUGCCACUACCCAAGAUGUGAGUGACGAUGUGCUGGCCACAUCAUCCGCGAACAUUGCGGUUCGCAAUACACCCUUGUCCCACAACCCGAUCAUGAGCCUCAUCACCGAGACCAAGAUCCAAUUUCCCUUGGAGCUUGAGAUCAAGGUCUCAUUUGGCGGAUCCGAGCAAGUUAGCCAUUUGACCAUUCCUGUUGAGGUUGGUAUCAAGGUGACAACUGGAGCGGUCACCUUGGCUUCCUCGACUUCGAGAUCCGCUGAAGGCGAAUCCUCCGAAAUCCGUGACACCAUUCCUUCUGCAAAGCCUAUUCCUUCAUCUGGAAGCCCUUUCCCUGGACACCCUGCCCCUGGACACCCUUCCCCCGGACACCCUGCCCCCGGACACCCUUCCCCCGGACAACCUUCCCCCGGACACCCUUCCCCCGGACACCCUUCCCCUGGGUCGCCCUCUAUUGUGCACCCUUCUCUCGAGAACCCUUCCCACCCUUCAUCUGAAUCCUACAUACAUGAUGAUUCUCCAUCUCACACAACUCAAAACCCCGAGUCAAUUGGAGAUGAAGACUCUCUGCCUGACUACUCUUCUCCCUCGCCCUCUCUACCUGACUACCGUUCACCCUCACCCUCUCCCUCUCCGCGUCCUGUCCCAUACAGUCCAACGCACCCCUAUUACCCUAGACCCACGCUUGGACUUCCUGAUUCUAACCACUCUCAAUUCCCACAGAAUCUUGAAUCGACCGCCGGCGGAAACGAGGAUGAUUCUUCACAAACCCUCAAGAAGAAACGGAGCCGAGAACAACUUGAAGAUGACGUCUCACAGAAUUCCCACGCUGCGACUGACCCCACGCCUGGCUUGACUGAGACAACUUCAUCAGACGAAAAAUCCAUCACCGAAGGACAACCCGAGAAGAAGAGACCUCGUGACAAUUCGGAGGAGCGCAAGGCCAAGGUGGACCAGACUUUCACUACGAGUGCAUUCGGAAAGGCUGCUACCUCACCUUCACCCUUUGCAAUGCCUGCAAAUAAACCAUCUGAUGCUUCAACCGGUCCUGCCUCAACUGCUGGUUUCGGUGCCCUCGGAUCCGGCUUCUCUGCAUUUGGCAGCGCUUUCCCUGCUCCCUCUGGUAAACUCACCAGUUUCGCAUCUCCCAAUGCCCCCGCCGCUUUCCCUGGGACAGCUGGUAAAUUGACCAGUUUCGCAUCUGCAAACGCCCCUGCCAGUUUCUCUGGAACAGCUGGUAAUCUCACCAGUUUCGCAUCGGCAAACGCUCCCGUCGGUUUUCUUGGAACGGCUGGUAAACUCACCAGUUUCGCGUCUCCUAAUGCCCCCGUUUCUUUUGGCGAGCCCAGUGAAAAGACCCUCGGUGCAAAACAACCCGACAAGGAAGAAAGUGACAAGGAACCAGCGGGCGGACCCGAUGACACCUUUGUCGCCGAGAAGACCGACGAGCGAUUCCACGCACAAACUGUUGAAACCGGCGAAGAAAAUGAGACCACCGAGUUUACAGCCAAGGGCAAGCUGUACUACUUUGAUGACAAGAAAUGGAAGGAGCGUGGUACCGGCACCUUCAAGGUUAACCUCAAGACGGAGCCCGAUGGAAAGAAAUCCGGCCGCGUUAUCAUGCGCGCCGAUGGUGCCUUGCGUGUUAUGAUGAACAGUGCAAUUUGGAAGACCAUGCCUUUUGGUGAUAUCAAGGGUUUUCGCCCAUCCACUCGGGAUAUCUAUCUCGCCAGCAAUGAAGAUGACAAGGUUGUGAGCCAUCUUCUCCGGCUCGGUAAUGAGAAGCAGGCCGGUGAGCUUUUCGAUGUACUGAAGGAUGUCAUUGAGGAGAUUUGA